GUCAAUUGUGUGCAGUACUCAGUUCAAGGUAGUAUUUCAUCGGUAUAGGACGUUAUUUGAUUAAGACGUCGAGAUGAAUAUAUUGUUUGGCAAUUGUGUGGGAAGCUGCGAUCAACUGGCGGGUCCGCCGCCAGAUUUUAUUUUGUCGAUGCCGCCGCCGCCGUUGCCCUCGUUCCUAAUAUCGAAGCCCAGGCACAUCGAUGUUCUGCUGCCCUCAAACGAAUCGCAGCCCUGCUUUGCGGCCUUCAUGUGCGGCCAGAGCAGUCAGCACAAUGACAGCGGCAACGAGCUGAUGGAACUGGUGCGAAGCGAUUCCAAGGGUUUGGAGAAUGUUUGGUUCUUUGUGUCCUCGUGCAUUGGCAUCUUCGUGCUCGGCUGCUUCCUGGCGCUCAUCGUCAUCAGAUGCAGAGACACCUUCUUCUCGUACCACGAUGCAAACAUCAAGCAGACGGCCAUCAAUGCACUGGGCGAGGCCACUAAAUCGAAUGCAUUCACUUCUGGCGGCAUUCUCUAUCCGUGCGCCACGGCAAACAGUCGCGAUUUGCUCCAGAGCCAGCUGGUCAACGACAGUCGUCUGCUGUGGGCCACUCUAACGCCACAUGGCACCCGACAUUUCAUCAUCGAGAACUCGCAGGAUGGGCACUAUGAGUCCGUCGACUAUCGCGGCAAGGCGCACAAUCAAGUCUUCCGAGGUUAUGCAAAGCAAUCGCAGUCUUUCGUUAAGUCCUUUGAUAACAAUGGUUUCGUUGACUACGACUACGAGGAUCCCACACCGUUGAUGGACUCCUAUCAUGAUGACAUGGACUCGGGCUAUCAAGAGCCACAUGAGGUCACCGGUUCAUUGAAGCGUUCGCCACUUCGCACAUUGGCAUCGGGGUCAGUGUCGGUGUCGGUGUCGGGAUCGGGUUCAUCGCCCACAGCUCCACACGAUUAUAAUGCGAGUGUAUCAGCGAAUCAGGCGAAUCAGGGCAACUCGUUGUCCAUUAGCCGUAAGACAACGUUGUCGCGACGCAUCAGCGAUGCCUCAUCCCAUAAUGGCACCUCGAUGUAAGCUUGAUUAGUCGGUAUAGCAAUCACGUUAUGUAAAUUAAAUAUGGAACAGGAAAAUGCAGCCAGUGUACGUCACCAAAACGAGAGAGAGAGAGGGAGAGAGAGAGAGAGAGUAAAAGUUGAGAGGCCUGUCGUCCAAUAAAUACAUCACAAUAAGAGACAAAUGACAAACGAAGUUGGGCUCGGCAUGCCGAACAUUCAAAUACCCUGGCAGAGAGUGCAUUCCUACUAAAGUUGUUCUGAUGCAAUACCUCGAAAUCGAUUUCGAGACUGUGUGUGUUCCUAUGACAGCUAUAGCAAUCCGAUCCGACGGAUCCAAAUCGACGGAUCUGCAUAAUAUUACAUUAAGAUAACGUUCGGUACUAAGAGUGUAGAUUACUUAGAUACAGACAGACAAACAUUAUUCUGCUUGGGUAUAAUAAUAAUGGAAUCAAUGAAAACUAACUACAAUAUGCAGUAUUUACGUAAUCUAAGGAAUCUACAUAUAGAACUCGCAUGUUGAAUAAGUCUAGAGUUGUGCUAAUUCUUACUUAACUGCUAAACACUAAUAUUGAAUCGCUAAAUAAUUCCAUAAUCAACACAUACUAUAACUAUAACUACAUAUAACAUAACAUAAUAUUGUCCCAUAGCUGAGACCUUUGAAAAACGAUUUUGCAUCAAAUAAAUUCAUUUCAAUUGUAUUUUACACUGCGAUUUUAACAACUUAACUAAUUUGAUUUAUAUUUACUUUAUGUUUAACAUGUCCCAUUAAAAAUAAAUAAUUAUAACGAACGUCGCAUAAAUUAUGAUUUAGGUUGCAAAAAAAAAAAAUACAUAUAUAAAUAUAUAUUAAAAUAAACAAGAAUUUGUAUAGUCGAGUAUGCUCGACUGGAGGUUGCCCUGUGUCCAGUUACGCCUUGCUAUAUGCAUAGAUAAUUAAAUAGUUCUACUUCGAAUCCGGAAGACGGAUUAGGGAAAUCAUUAUCGGUUUAAUCAUACGAACCAGAUCGAAAAUGUCAUUUGCUGACUUUAAUUCUCAUUAUAAUUUGAAGAUAAAGAGCUUAAGUUGUUUUAAUCUUUAAGAU